CGUGUCUUGUGGGACAUCCCAGGGUAUAUAAGGAUCAAACCCUCUCCACAGCAGUCACAAGAAGGAUAAACAGUCCUAGACUCUCUUCAAAACAGGCAACAGGAAAUCACAGCCGAUGAGGCCGAGCUAAAGACUCUCUGCAAACAAACUACUGAAGUUUCCUUCUUGUCUCUUCUUCUUCUUUUCCUCUUCUAUCGCCUUUCUCGCUCCAGACCCGUCCACCAUGCCUCCUCAGCUCCAGUCUCAGAACCAGAGCGGCCCCAGGAUCCUGCAGGGCGACCUCAGCGCCCUCAGCCCAGCCGUCAAGGAGUUUGUGGAGUCCAACAUCACAUUGUGCCAACCUGACUCCCUGCACAUCUGCGACGGCUCCAAUGAGGAGAACUGCGCCAUCCUGACCCAGCUGGAAGAGCAGGGGAUGAUCAAGAAGCUGACCAAAUAUGAGAACUGUUGGUUGGCCAGGACCGACCCAAGAGACGUGGCUCGUGUGGAGAGUAAGACGGUGAUUAUUACCAGGGACCAGAGGGACACGGUGCCCACACCGAUCGGAGGUGGAGUCAGCCAGCUGGGCCGCUGGAUGUCCGCAGAAGAGUUUGACAAAGCAAUGGCUCAGCGGUUUCCCGGCUGCAUGAAAGGUCGUACCAUGUACGUGAUUCCCUUCAGCAUGGGUCCAGUGGGAUCCCCCCUGUCUAAGAUUGGAGUGGAGCUGACCGACUCUCCCUAUGUGGUGGCCAGCAUGAGGGUGAUGACCCGUAUGGGGAAAGCCGUGCUGUCCGCUCUGGGCAACGGCGAGUUUGUCCGCUGUCUGCACUCCGUUGGCUGCCCACUGCCACUCAAACAGCCCCUGGUGAAUAACUGGCCCUGCAACCCUGAGCAGACAUUGAUCGCCCACAUCCCAGACCAGAGACAAAUUGUUUCAUUCGGCAGCGGUUAUGGAGGAAACUCCCUGCUAGGAAAGAAGUGCUUUGCCCUGCGUAUCGCUUCACGCAUCGCCAAGGAAGAGGGCUGGCUGGCUGAGCACAUGCUGAUCCUGGGCGUCACCAACCCCGCUGGGGAGAAGAAGUACAUGGCAGCAGCCUUCCCCAGUGCCUGUGGGAAGACGAACUUGGCCAUGCUGUGCCCCACGCUGCCUGGCUGGAAGGUUGAGUGUGUAGGAGACGACAUUGCCUGGAUGAAGUUUGAUAACGAAGGAAAUCUACGUGCCAUCAACCCAGAGAAUGGCUUUUUUGGCGUCGCACCCGGAACCUCAGUCCAAACCAACCCCAACGCUAUGGCUACCAUCAUCAAGAACACCCUCUUCACCAACGUGGCAGAGACCAGUGAUGGCGGUGUGUACUGGGAGGGAAUGGACCAGUCACUGCCCAAAGGAGUCACCAUCACCUCCUGGAAGAACAAGACUUGGAGCUCCAAGGAUGGUGAACCAUGUGCUCAUCCCAACUCUCGCUUCUGCACACCGGCUGGACAGUGUCCCAUUAUUGACCCGCUGUGGGAAUCCCCAGAGGGAGUCCCCAUCGAGGCCAUCAUUUUUGGAGGGCGCCGGCCAGAAGGUGUCCCUCUGGUGUAUGAAGCUUUCAGCUGGCAGCAUGGAGUGUUUGUUGGAGCAGCCAUGAGGUCGGAGGCCACCGCAGCUGCCGAACACAAAGGCAAGGUAAUCAUGAAUGACCCCUUCGCUAUGCGCCCAUUCUUCGGCUACAACUUCGGCCAGUAUCUCUCUCACUGGCUGAGCAUGGCCGAUCGCCCUGGCGCCAAGCUCCCCAAGAUCUUCCACGUCAACUGGUUCCGCAAGAGCCCCACUGCCGGCUUCCUUUGGCCCGGUUUCGGUGACAACAUCCGCGUCCUGGACUGGAUGUUCAGGCGGGUGAACGGUGAGGCCGGCGCCAUGCCCUCGGCCGUGGGCUACCUCCCAUGCAGCCACUCCCUCAACCUCCAGGGCCUGCAGGGGCAAGUGGAUCUGGACGAGCUGUUUUCCUUGGACCAGGAGUUCUGGCAGAGGGAGGUGGAGGAUGUGAGGAACUACUUCACCACACAAGUGAAUGACGACCUGCCCAACGAGGUGGCAAGGCAGCUGGAGCUCCUGCAGCAGAGGGUGAAGCAGAUGUAAUGAGGGAAGAGUUGUUUAUGCAAUUCUGAACAGCUGUGUUGGUCGUUUUUUUUGUUUUGUUCAGCUUUUCAAACUGCUGGUCUGUAAUUAUGGAGCAGACUGUCGGCAAUACCAAAAAGACCUGAAGACCUGAGGCAUUCUGAAAAGGCAAGGUGAAAAAUGUAGAACAGAAUCUGAGUAAUUCGUGACAGGCCUUCCUAAUUAUGCUUCCUUUGAGGUGGAGCCUCUUAACCUUAAUGAAUGAAUUCUCCUCAUAAUUCUUUACCACAAUAGUUUCAUUUGAAAUUCUGCAUUGAUUAUUCUGUGGUUAGAAUUCUUUGAGAUUAUUCUUCAGAAAGUGUGUCUGUUAAAAUUUGUACUCGUAGGAAUAGUAGAGUGAACAAACAUUUCUCUGCUUAUACAGAGCACAGAGACCAGUUAAAACUACUGAAUCCAGUAGUAAAUGUUUCAUUUAUGUCCAUCCUUACACUGCUGUAGUGCCAGUAUUUUUAAACCGUUGUUCUGGUGAAUGGUUUUAUUUAAUAAUAACUUAUUGAUAAUGCACAUCAUGCUGUCAAUGCCAUGUGUAUAUGGUACAGAAAGAGUCCACGUUAGCUCAGCUCCAGUGUUGUGAAACCUUCCUAACAUGGAGGGAAUUAUAUGUUUUCUGUGGUCAUUGUCUGCCUUUAAUUUAUUUUUAUACUGUGUUAGCAUGUCUAGGUUCAUUUUUUUAACGUAAUCCUGUGAACGAAAAUAAAAAUAUUUGAAUUCA